CAGUUGUCCACCCGAAAGCACCAGCAAGCAAGCCCGUAAAAUAGUUGUUGUAGAGGUUAGUGAGAGAAAGAAAUCUCUCUCGUUCUCUCUCUCUCUCUAAAGCCCUUGAAGUAGCGUUCUCUUCAAUCGACCACCAGCAAAUGGCGAACAGUAAUCUUCCCCGAAGAAUCAUUAAGGAAACUCAACGUCUCCUCAGUGAACCAGCACCGGGAAUAAGUGCUUCACCAUCAGAGGAUAAUAUGCGAUAUUUUAAUGUUAUGAUUCUUGGCCCCACACAGUCUCCAUAUGAAGGUGGGGUUUUCAAACUGGAAUUAUUUUUGCCCGAAGAAUAUCCAAUGGCUGCACCAAAGGUUCGAUUUCUUACCAAAAUUUACCAUCCUAAUAUUGACAAGCUUGGAAGGAUAUGCCUUGAUAUUCUGAAAGACAAAUGGAGCCCUGCUCUUCAGAUACGAACUGUACUUUUGAGUAUCCAAGCACUUCUUAGUGCUCCAAACCCUGAUGACCCUCUUUCUGAGAACAUUGCAAAGCAUUGGAAAACUAAUGAGGCUGAAGCUGUUGAAACAGCAAAGGAAUGGACCCGUUUGUAUGCAAGUGGUGCAUGAUAGUGUGGUGGAAACUUUCCUUCAAAUGACGUUGGUGUGAUAUAUGCUAUUAACUGUUAAUCAAAAUUUCAAGAUUUGAUGUUUGAACAAGUUAUAAUUUAAUAUUUUUCAAAGCUUCCAGGUACUGCCUAUUAAAUUGUCCUCUGAUGUUGGAAGCAUCGUCUUUGAACUUGUAUGAUAAGGAACGCUGUUCAUCUCUC